AUGACCAUUUUCGGUGUCAACCACCUGGCUUGCGUCUAUGCCAAAAGAGCCAAUCGCCGGCCCCUUCUUUCUUCCUCUCUGUUUCUAUUCCCCAAGUUGUCCAAAGACGACGUGCGAAUUCCCCGACCACGACACGACACCAUCGCAGCCAUGGCUCCUCAGACCGCCGAGCAAAUCAUUGCCGAUAUCAGCGCGCCGCCGCCGGUCGGCGCCCCUCAUGCUGUCCCGAUCCCCGGCUCCGAGCGUGCCAACCGCACGCCCGUCUUCCGCCACUGGCGCUUCCGCGACCAGCCGCUCCUGACCAAGCUGGAGCCCGAGGUCGAGUCCGUCCACGACCUCCUCGAGCUCGCCAUCCAGAAAUACGGCCCCCGCAAGGCGCUGGGUGUGCGCAAGUGGAACCCCGCCACGCAGGCGCACGAGAACAAGUUCGAAUGGAUGACAUAUGCGGAGAUGGGCGAGCGCCGCAAAAACCUCGGUGCUGGCAUCGUCGACGUCGUGCAGCAGGCCGGCUACACCAACAGCAAAUACGGUGUUGGUAUCUGGUCCCCCAAUACCCCGGAGUGGCACCUGGUCGACAUGGCCUGUACCUCGCAGAGCCUGUUUAGUGUAUCGCUCUACGAGACGCUCGGCCCCGACACCACCGAAUAUAUCAUCAAUCACGCCGAACUGCCCGUCGUUGCAUGCACGGCGAGCCACAUCCCGGUCCUCCUCAAGCUUGCGUCGCGCGUGCCGACCCUCAAGGUCAUCAUCUCCCUGGACCCUCUGGACAAGGGCGAGCACAAGGACAAGAACCCUGGCAACAUCCUGCGCGAAAUUGCCGCUCAAAGCGGCCUCAAGCUCUACGAGAUCCAGCAGCUCGAGGAGAUUGGUCUCAAGACCGGUCGCGGCUUCCGCCCCCCCACCUGGGACGACCUUACCACGAUCAACUAUACGUCCGGCACCACCGGGCCCCCCAAGGGCGUCGUGAUGAAGCAAGGAAAUGCUGUCGCGGCCAUCAACGGUGCUCGCUCCAUGGGUAACGUCCAGGCCAACGACAUCCACAUGUCGUAUCUGCCGCUCGCCCACAUCUACGGCCGCAUGAUUGACCAGCUGGCCCUCGUGUCCGGUGCGGCCGUUGGCUUCUUCCGUGGUGACGUUCUCGGACUCGUAGACGACUUGAAGCUUCUGAAGCCCACGUCGUUCCCCUCUGUUCCGCGUCUCUUCAACCGCUUCAACUCGGCCAUCAAGGCGGCCACGGUGGAGGCGCCCGGCUUCAAGGGUGCUCUCUCCCGACACGUCAUCGAUGUGAAGAAGGGCUACAUGCGCCAGCCGCCCGGAAGCACCACCAACACGCACUUCUUCUACGACAGACUAUGGACUAAGAAGGUGCGCGCCGCUGUCGGUCUGGACAAUGCCCGCUCCAUGAUUAGUGGCAGCGCGCAGCUCGACCCCGACGUGCAAGAGUUCCUCGGUGCUGCUUUCGGCAACGAGUUUCGCCAGGGAUACGGCAUGACGGAGACGUAUGCCGGUGCUACCGUCCAGCUCGCCCGUGAUUACUCGGCGGGUAACCUGGGACCUCCCCUCCCUUGCAUCGAGCUCUGCCUCGAGUCUGUUCCCGACUACAACUACAGUGUUGACGAUAAGCCCAACCCCCGCGGCGAGGUGCUCAUGCGCGGGCCCACCUUGUUCCAGGGAUACCACAAGAACGACGAAGAGAACCAAAAGGUGCUCGAGGCGGACGGUUGGUUCCACUCUGGUGACAUUGGCGAGAUUGAUAGCCUCGGCCGUCUCCGCAUCAUUGACCGCAAGAAGAACGUCCUCAAGCUGGCCCAGGGCGAGUACAUUUCUCCCGAGCGCAUCGAGAACGUCUACCUCGGCAACACCAACAUUCUUGCCACGGCGUAUGUGCACGGUGACUCGAAGGAAUCCAGCCUCGUUGCCAUCUUUGGCAUUGACCCGGAGAACUUCCCCCCCUUUGCCAGCAAGGCGCUCGGACGAGCCGUUGCUGUCGGCGACACUGCCGCGAUCAAGGCUGCUGCCAACGAGCCCAAGGUCAAGGCCGCUGUGCUCAAGGUCCUGGACAAGAUUGGCCGCAGCCACAAGUUCAAUAACUGGGAGCGUGUGCGCAAUGUCCACCUCGUCAUCGACCCGUUCACCCCCGACAAUGGCCUGUUGACUCCUACGCUCAAGCUCAAGCGCCCGCAAGCCGGCAAGGCUUUCCGCGCUGACAUCGACCGCAUGUAUGAGGAGGUCAAGGCCACGGAGGAGCCGAGCAAGUUCAAGCUGUAA